AACAAAAACUGUAAAAUCCAUUACUUCCAGUUUCGUUAUUGUCGUUGAUCGUCGCCGUUGUAGCCUUUGAGCUUCGUCCCCUCCGACCGUGUUUCUCGUCGGUCAUUUCAUCGUCGCCGUCGAGCUUCGUCAUCGUUGCGUCAUUGAAAGCGCAAAUAUUCAAGCUUGUGGUUCACCUUCCGGCCUUCCCAAUCCGCAAAUUCAAGUCAGAGAUCCGUUUCCUGGUUGGGAGCCACCAUCAACACUUCGCCGGCGAAUCAUUACUCCACUCGCGUUCACCAUUAUCCUCUCACCUAUUGCCAAUAACACAAAGUAGCAUAAUAGCUAUGGCAGUCGCUUCUUAUUCAAGGUAUGCAUCACUUGAAGACCUUUUACACCUCUUAAAAUUCUCUGCUGAUGCUAAAUAUCUAAACUUUGGCAAAACCAUCCAUACCCAGUUGCUCAUUCGCAACCAAUCUUCAUACCGCCAAUCUCACAUUGUUCAAAUUAACUCCCUAAUCAAUCUCUAUGUUAAAUGUUCCAAACUCUGUUUGGCACGUUACCUGUUCGAUGAAAUGCCAAUUAGAAACGUUGUUUCUUAUAAUGCUUUAAUGGGUGGUUAUUUACAUAGUGGUGAACACUUGGAAGUUAUUUCACUCUUCAAAAAUAUGGUUUCGUCCUUUCAAAAUGAUGUUUUACCGAAUGAGUAUGUGUUUACCACUGUUCUUUCUGCUUGUUCUCAUAGUCGGAGAGUUUUUGAAGGGAUGCAGUGUCAUGGGUAUUUGUUUAAAUUUGGGUUGGUUUUUCAUCAUUAUGUGAAAAGCGCUCUUGUUCAUAUGUACUCGAAGUGUUUUCAUGUUGAUUUAGCAUUGCAGGUUUUGGAUAGUGAGCAUGGUAGUAAUAAUGAUGCAUUUUGUUAUAACUCUGUGUUGAAUGCGCUUGUGGAGUCUCGGCGUUGGGCCGAAGCCGUGGAUGUUUUGGGGAGAAUGGUGGAUGACUGUGCGGUUUGGGACAAUGUUACAUAUGUUAGUGUCAUGGGACUUUGUGGUCAGAUUAGAGAUUUGCGAUUGGGUUUGCAACUUCAUGCACAGUUGUUGAAAGGAGGUUUGGUGUUUGAUGUAUUUGUUGGUAGCAUGUUGGUAGACAUGUACGGAAAAUGUGGCGAUGUUUUGAAUGUGAGGAAAGUUUUUGACGGUUUACAAAAUCGGAAUGUGGUGGUGUGGACAUCCGUCAUGACCGCUUACUUGCAGAAUGGCGAUUUUGAGGAGACGUUGAAUCUUCUUACAUGUAUGGAUCAAGAAGGUACUAUGCCCAACGAGUUCACUUUUGCAGUUUUGCUUAAUGCUUGUGCAGGUAUAGCAGCACUCAAACAUGGCGAUAUAUUGCAUGGUAGGGUUGAGAAGUUAGGUUUUAAGAAUCAUGUAAUUGUCGGAAACACUUUGAUAAAUAUGUAUUCCAAGAGUGGCAGCAUUGAUUCCUCAUAUAAUGUGUUCUUUGAUAUGAUGCAUCGAAAUAUUAUCACUUGGAAUGCUAUGAUAUGUGGGUAUUCCCAACAUGGACUUGGUAAACAAGCUUUGCUAGUGUUUCAAGACAUGGUUUCUACUGGAGAAUGUCCAAACCAUGUAACCUUUGUUGGUGUUCUAUCCGCCUGUGCUCAUUUGGCUCUUGUGAAAGAAGGAUUUUACUAUUUGAAUCAGCUAAUGAAACAUUUUAAGAUCGAGCCAGGCUUGGAGCACUACACCUGUGUGGUCGCGGUUUUGUGCCGAGCUGGUCUACUUGAAGAGGCUGAGAAUUUCAUGAAGACAACACAAGUGAAGUGGGAUGUUGUUUCCUGGCGAGUAUUGCUUAAUGCAUGUAAUGUUCAUCGAAAUUAUAGCUUGGGGAAACAAAUUGCAGAAACUAUCUUACAGAUGGACCCUCGUGAUGUGGGGACAUAUACAUUGCUAUCAAAUAUGUAUGCAAAGGCACGUAGCUGGGACGGGGUCACAACAAUUAGGAAACUGAUGAGGGAAAGAAAUGUUAAGAAGGAACCUGGAGUAAGUUGGUUAGAGAUAAGAAAUGUUGUCCACGUCUUUGCUUCAGAUGGAAGCAGUCAUCCAGAGUGUAUUCAAAUUUACAAAAAGGUUCAAAUAUUAUUGGAAAUGAUUAAGCAAUUGGGAUAUGUGCCGAAUAUUGAAGCUGUACUGCAUGAUGUGGAAGAUGAACAGAAGGAAAGUUAUCUUAAUUAUCACAGUGAGAAGCUCGCCAUAGCAUAUGGCCUCAUGAAAAUACCUUCUCCGGCACCCAUCCACGUAAUUAAAAACCUUCGGAUAUGUGAUGAUUGUCACACUGCUGUAAAACUAAUAUCAAAGGUCACAAACAGGUUGAUAAUUGUUAGAGAUGCUAGCCGGUUCCAUCAUUUUCGUGAUGGGACCUGUACUUGUUCUGACCACUGGUAGCAUUUUCACAAGUUUAAUAUGGUCAUAAAUCAUUUGAAGUGAAUAUCUUAGGUUCUGCAGCUUAAGAAUCUCAAGCAUAGUGUGAAAAUGUAUAUUUAACAUGGAUUACACUUGUUUAAAUUUCAAGGGUCUUGCUGUGGUCUGAGAUUAUUGAAAUUAAUUCCAUUUUCACGUGACCUAAAACGAAAUUACAUAUAGAUUAUGUUAGAAUAUAGAAUUAAGGAGAAUUAAAGUAGGUAAGAGUGGUCAGAGAAUAUGUUAGUCAGUUAGUUAGAGGAAUAUUGGUAUAAAUAGGAUACAGAUUAUUAUUGAGAAUUGUAAAUUUUGUGAAUAGAGUAGUGACUAUUGUAGAAGGGGAAAUACUGGGAGGAGAGAUUUUUAUCCUAUUCUCACUCUAUCUUUUAUUGUUUCUUAAUCUUUCAAUGAAAUAAUUCUUCCUUUGAAUUCAAUUCUCUGGGUUCCUAACAGAAUACUUGUAUCUUUCAACAUUGUCAUGUUUCUUGCAGUAUGUUUUGUCUUUGGUUCCACCAGUGAGACCAAAAGGCUUGUUGUUCUUUCUGUCUCUUUUUGUUUCUGUGGAUUUGUUUCGGCCUCUUAUUUAACAAUUUGUAUAAUGUAACACAUUUAUGCUUAGUUUAUCAUGGUUUUGUUUCAAUUGGGAA